AUGCGGCGAUCCGAACAACGCAGAGUUAGGUUGAGAGCGGAUGACAACAUUCAGCUCGAGACUUCUGUAAUGGACAAACAGGUCUUGCCCAAUUUCCAGCUGAGCCCAACUGCGCCUUCAGACAGAAACGGAUUCGUGGCGUGCGUCUGCAUCAGACUUCUACACAGUAGUGUAAAGUGUUGUUGCUGUUUGGUGCGUCCCGCUGAGAGGACAAACGGCGCAAUCGGAUACUGUUUGGCACGUUUCACAGGACGCCCCCCCGGAUUGGUUGGUUGCCAUUUUCAGGACUCAUUAGGCCAAGAAGGGUCUAGGCAAACACGGUGUCAAUUCGAGGUCGCAUCCAAGAUCGAGAUCGAUCUCUUGCCAACAGAUCGAUCAAGCUGCGACGGCUGCUGUCAUCCACGGGUGGAAACAUUGCUCCUGACGAAUGGGCACGGGGGAAUUCCUCUUCGCCCAUCCGGGUGCGCAACCAAGAGGCGGUACGCUGCAGUUCCGUGGCUGGAACUGGAGCGGCUGAAAACACGAACGGUUGCGUUACCCGAUCCCGAAAACGUUAAAACCGUUACGUACCUACCAGUGUGCUUCUGUAUUCCAUUUUCAUCCAUACUAUCACGCUUUGCAUGCUCAGACUCCAAACGGAGACGGACCAGGCACUUUUCUGAAUGA